UUUGUUGUUUUUCUAAUGGAUUUGUUAAAACCAAGUCCAGCAAACUCAUCACCAUUGACACCACUAGGGUUUCUGGAAAGAGCAGCAACUGUAUAUGGUGAUUGCACAUCCAUCAUUUACAAUAAAACAACUUACACAUGGAAACAAACAAACCGUAGAUGUCUUCAACUCGCUUCAUCUUUGAAAUCAAUGGGUAUUCAACGUGGAGAUGUCAUCUCAGUUUUAUCACCAAAUCUUCCUGCUAUGUAUGAACUUCAUUUUGCUGUACCUAUGAGUGGCGCCAUAUUGAACACUAUUAAUACACGUCUCGAUGCACAUGCUCUUUCAGUAAUACUUCGUCAUAAUGAAUCAAAACUCGUAUUUGUUGAUUUUCUUUCUCGUUCCUUAAUUCUUGAAGCUUUUUCUCUCUUACCAUCUGAGAACAAAUCUCCUUCACUCAUCUUCAUCAUGGAUGAUGAGGUAAACUCAACCUUAACCGCUGAUUGUAUUGAUCUUGAUUUUACUUAUGAGGGUUUGAUUAAUAAAGGUGAUCCUGAUUUCAAGUGGGUACGACCUAAUAGAGAAUUGGAUCCGAUGGUGUUGAACUACACAUCCGGUACGACAUCAUCUCCUAAAGGGGUAGUCCAUUCUCAUCGUGGUCUAUUCAUCACGACCCUCGAUUCUCUAAUGGAUUGGUGUGUACCGAAGCAACCCGUCUUUCUCUGGACCCUGGCAAUGUUUCAUUCGAACGGGUGGUCUUUUCCUUGGGGUAUGGCGGCCGUUGGGGGGACUAACAUUUGUCUACGUAAAUUUGAUGCUGCUUCAGUGUAUGGGUUGAUCUGCCAACACAGCGUUACGCAUAUGUGUGGCGCACCAGUUGUGUUGAACAUGUUAGCAAACAAUCCGAGUAAGGAACCAUUAUCAGACCAAGUUCAAAUUUUAACUGCCGGAGCUCCGCCGCCUGCGACGGUACUCUUUCGAAUCGAGUCUCUUGGAUUUAUAGUUAGUCAUGGUUAUGGAUUAACCGAAACAGCUGGAUGCGUCGUGUCGUGUGCAUGGAAACAUGAGUGGGACAAAUUUCCCGCAACAGAACGUGCAAGGUUGAAAGCGAGACAAGGUGUGAGAACAAUAGGAAUGACUGAAAUCGAUGUGUUAGAUCCUGACUCCGGUUUGAGUGUUAAACGAGAUGGUUCUUCUACUGGUGAAAUCGUUUUACGAGGAGAUGUGGGUGUGAUGCAUCCUGAUGGGUAUAUAGAGAUAAAAGAUAGAUCUAAAGAUGUGAUUAUAAGUGGUGGAGAGAAUAUAAGCAGUGUAGAAGUUGAAUCAGUGUUAUAUUCGCACCCAGCAAUCAAUGAAGCAGCCGUGGUAGCUCGACCAGACAAAUUUUGGGGGGAGACACCUUGCGCUUUUGUGAGUUUAAAGUCCAAAUUCAACAGUCUUUCUGAAAAUGAUAUCAUCGAGUUUUGCAGGGAAAAGCUGCCUCAUUACAUGGUCCCGAAAACAGUUAUUUUUGAAGAAUUUCUUCCUAAAACCACAACCGGUAAAAUACAGAAAUUUAAGCUUAAGAGCAAAGCUAAAAACUUGGGUUUAAGUCGCGUAGAAAGUCGACUUUAAGUGUUUCUACCAUGAGUUUAUUCGA